AUGGUGCUCACACAUACGACUAACGACGUCUACUCACACCCGUUCCCGACUGUCACAUUGGCUUACUUCCUCCGGUACUGCUCGCCACAGCUCAACCCGUUUGCCCGCCAUGUGCUUAGCACCGACACGAUCUCAAGCCGGGUUGACGCGGAGACCGGACGCCUGCACACGACCCGCAUCCACCUGAAGAAGUCUCGGCUGCCCAAGGCUGUGCUGAAGCUGCUGCCCACGAGCGUGACCGGCGGCAUGACGGACAAGGCGUCGUACAUCCUCGAGACGAGCGUGAUCGACAUGCGCGAAGGCUGGAUGCGCUCCGAGAGCCGCAACCUCAACUACACCGGCAUCCUCUCUGUCGUCGAGCAGCAGCUGUACACGACGUCUCCGCCCGAGUCGCAGGGGCAGGCGGCUGCGACCAGCUCGACUGGGGUCGAGACCAACGUCAUCUUCCGCUCACGGCUAGGCGAGCGCAUCCGGGAGCGGUUCGAAAAGGGCCAGCACCGGUACCAGCAGUUCAAGCAGCAGGCACAGCAGCAUGUGCAGCAGUCCGCCGUCGACGACGCCCACUCGGGCUGGUUCAGCACCGGGUGGGUAAGCGAUCUGGGCGCCAAGGGCGUCCAGCGCAGCAUCGAAAUGAUGGCGUCUACGAAGACACAAGACCAAUUGGGCAAAAGCCGCGAAGGCAUGCGCAUGAUCCUCGAGCGGCUGCGCCAGACAGGCAUCAUGGGCGUGCUGGAGCUGCGGCGGCGGGCUAUGGAGGGCAACCUCGAGGCAUACGAAAUCCAGUGA